AUGCGUCCUCCCCCUGCAUUGAGACGUCCCACAUCAAGAACUAACGUCUUGGCCACAGGUCUGGGCCAUGUUUGCAAGCCAGGUAGUUCCGAUAAGGAUACGACCACCCGACGGCCCCGUGCAUCGCGGUCCCGCGGCGGCUGUCUCUCCUGCAAGGCGAGGAAGAAGAAAUGUGAUGAACGGCGUCCUACCUGCAGUGACUGCCGCCGUCUGAAUAUCCGCUGUCAGUGGCAAGGAAGUGCACCGGAUUUCGAAUUAGAAAGCCCUGCAAUCAUUGCUUCUUGUUCCCCUACCUCCGAUGCGACGGAACCUGCUGAUGCAGAUCCGAUUAAUGACCCUGAUAGUGGCCCGCCCAUGCUUAGCCCAAUUACCCCCUUUGAAGCCGAGGAAUUCAUUGCCACGCUCUUCCCUCACCCAUUCUCAAGACAGAACUCUGUAGCUUUGCCCCUGGACCGGUUGCCUGUUUCAGCAAACCCCCACCUGCGCACGGAGCAAGACCGGUCAUUAUUCAACCACUAUAUCCGCGUUGUAUCAAGGGCGCUCUGUCGCUCUCAUGAUUUGGAUCGCAACCCGUUCCUUGUCACGCUGUUACCACUAGCGGCUGUUUCAGAUACGGUCACGAGUGUUAUUUUGAGUCUAAGUGGCUGUCACUGGAAGAGGGUCUAUCCAACUAUCUGGGGAAGUGCUCUGAAUCGCCAAGGCCAAGCACUAACCCAAGUGAAUCAACUACUGGGUUGCUUGGAUAGGCAAUCUAUUUUUGAAGCAUGUGUUACAGUGCUCUUGCUGUGUUUAACCGAGUUGAUUGAUGGAACAUCUCGUGUCUGGAAAUGGCACCUGAAGGCUGCUAGUGUAAUCCUGAAGUCCCACCCCUUUCAGUCGCUGGUCUCAUCGGAUGAGUGGGCAUUCUGCGUCAGUCUAUUUCGCUAUUUGGACUCCAUGUCGACCAUCUCUCGUUGCAAGGCACCCCUUCUACAAAACAGCGAUAGCAUGACGGAACUCACGAGCACUUUCCGGCGCAGCAGUGUACCGGAGCUCGACCGCAGUAAGUCAACAGAUGCCAUAUAUGGUAUUUCGCCUGCGUUGUUCGAUUUGUUGGGCAUGGUCAAUCUACUGGCCAAUCACCGCAGCAGGCGCGUUGAUGAGCUAUCCGAAAUUGGCUUCCGAGCAGCAGCGGCGCACAUUGAAAAUCGGAUUGAUGAGUGGCGUGCUGAUUAUGAUUGUGGUUUCUUGGCUGUUGAUCCUGCGUCGGAUACUGACCGCGCUACCACUGCCUUCGAAUGGGCGAUCCGGCUUCGGCUACACCAAAUUGUUGAGGGCUAUGAUCCUAUGCAUGAAUUAGUGGAACGAUCGGUUGUCACUAUUCUAGACUCUGUGCAGCAAAUCCCAUAUGCUAGCAGGGUUGAGGGGUGUUUGCUUUUCCCUCUUGUCAUUGCUGGAUCCAGUAGUAUUAGUGUCGAGCGACGAAUGAUAGUGAAAGAGCGGCUUAUGGUGAUGGAAAAUACCCUGGGAUUUACCCACAUCAACCAUGCACGCCAAUUGUUGGAGACUGUUUGGAAGGGUGGAAACAACGCUUCGAAUGCGAACUGGGCUUCUGUACGAUAUAGUCAGUUUCCUGGUGUAGUCUUUGUCUAG